AUGGACUAUGUUCUGAAUGGGGGACCCUGGGCUUUUGAGAACAAUGCUCUUGUGUGUCGGGAAGUGGUGGACGGGGUGAUUCCUGUGGAUGUGAAGCUGGACAUGAUUGAUAUGUGGGUACAGCUGCACGACAUGCCUAAGGGGUACACAUCUCAUGCAAUUCUGGAACAGGCAGGGAAUUUUUUGGGCUCUUUUGUUAAGCAUGAUGAGCGUUUUGAGGGGGCACCAUGGUUAACUUUUCAUCGUAUACGGGUGUCAAUACCGGUUGAUAGGCCACUGAGGAGGAGAAUGAGAUUGAUGAAGAGAGACAGGACUACAACUUGGGUUAAUUUCAGGUAUGAGCGGCUGCAUAAGUUUUGCUAUUUUUGUGGUUAUAUGGGUCACUUGCAUACGUUUUGCCUACAAGCUAGGGAGGCGGGGGUGCCAGUGGAUAGGUAUUUGUACGGUCCGGAUAUGCGGGCUGGUGGGUCCCGGAGCGCUCCUAGAGCGGUUGGGGAUAGCUGGCUCGUGCCGGUCGGUGGGAAACCACGUCCAUUGGUGAAGCCACAAAGGAUUGGGGCGGUCGAGGGGGAGAGGAGAAGUGUGGGAGUAACGCCCACGAGUAUGUCUGAGGAUGAGGUGGUGGUGGCUACGGCAAAGCGUCGUAGACACGGUACGAGGAGUGGAGAGGAUAGUGGAGUGGAGGAGGGAGUGGUGACAGAUGUUUCAAAAAACUUGCCAAUGGCGGGAGCUGGAGUCCAGCCCCGCCCGUCAUCAUGA